CCACACGUGGUAUCAUCCCUUCUUCUUACGUAUAUUGCCCAUCCGUGCGCGUACACGUCAGCCAGUCAUUAUUUCAAGAGAAGUAAUAUGGCUGACGCGCGGGAAACUUUGAUUACUUGCGCGAUGUAUGCCACGAUGGCGGUCAUCCUUGUCGUGAAGUGGAAGAUGAACACCGAUGCUUUGCUUCGGAAAUACGCUCUACUGCGCGCCGGAUUGCUGAUUCGGGGGGGAGACUCUCGCAGCGACUCUCAGAAUGUGCUCACCAACAUGCAGUCUUACCUGCAGACGUACCUCAAGUCCAAUCUGCAGCAGACUGCGGCAGCUGUAGCUCAGUUCAAGUACAUGAUCGACAACGCUGCUGCAACAGCAGUCGGAGCAUUGUCAUUGACAGGAGGACUGCUAGACGAGGAGCAUGGUAAAGGGAAUGACACGUCCAGUUCCUCGAAAAGAAAAGUGCCGAAGAGAGGAAGGGGCGACGGACAGACCAAGAGAAUGAAACGCCGGAAACGGAACCCGGAGGUGCCGAGGCAGUUGAAGAUUGUGCUUGAUGCCCUCGGGAGCUUACAGCCUGGUUCGGGGUCAGGAUCGGCACCAGGGCAGACGCAAACUGAGGAGCACGAAUUGGAACAGACUACGAGGGACGGAGUGGAAAUGCACGAUCCAUCUUCAGGAGGUCAAGGUGCACCUGGACCUGAAGCUGACCUAUGUUCGUUGUCAGACCGCCCACAAGCUGGUCAAGCAGAGGGUAAAUCUGCUGCAGCUAGAGCCGGAGGAGGAAAAACGUUAGCGGCUGGCGUAGAACAUGCGUCGGGAGCAGCAGACCUCCCACGGACUCAUGGCGUCACUGGCAUGAAAUCUAGUGGUGAAGCCUCUGCAUCCCGCGGGAAGAGAGCUCCCGCUUCUUCGGCUGCAGGUUCUGAAGAUUCAGGUCAAGUAUAGUUUUCUGCUGCGACAUCUCUCUCUCUCUCUCUCUCUCUCUCUCUCUCUCUCUCUCUCUCUCUCUCUCUCUCUCUCUCUCUCUUGUUCAGCGUUGUUGUUUUCAUAGGCAUUCUAUUCUUAGUGUAGAUGCAGUCCUCAUGGCCCGGUGUGCCGUUUUCUUAGCUUAGUGGCAGUCCUUUUUCGGCCAUUUGCUUUUUCCUUUCAUUCUUACGGCGACGGUAAUCAUGGUGUUCAUGGAGCGCGAGUUUCUGUUUCACUUUUCGUCUUCUUCUUCUUUCUUUCUUUUUUUUUUUAAUAAGUUUUUUCCCUUUUGUUUCUCUCAUCAGAGUCUCUUCUGGUAGCCUUGCUGCAGAUGGUAGCAACCUGCUGGAUAAGGAAGGACGGCCCGGAUUUUGUCGGAAAGAGGACGGUCCCAAUUUCGUAGAGGAAAGGAUGGUCGUGAUCUUCUUAUUGAAACAAAAGAAGGGUUCAGAU